AUGUUGGCCGUCGACAGUGGUGCAACGCACCACAUUUGCCACGACAAGACCAAGUUCGCAAGUUUGGCAGAGCGCAAUGAGGGCGAACUCUUGGUGGCUGAUGGCAACAAGGUGGCCAUCAAGGGUGUGGGAACCUUCAUGGAAAAGGUGGUUCUGCCCGACGGUGAAGAGCGUGAGAUCGAAAUCAAGAACGCGCUAUAUGUGUUGCAUUGUAGAUCGGAGCGAGGAAAGCGGAGCGAACGGAGUGGAGAGACCGAAGAGAGUAGAGCAGAAAACACUUGCCCAAUAGUUGGAAGAUUCGAAAGUGAUUGA